GCGCCGAAGAACUUCGACCCGGAGAACCCUCUCGCGGAUAAGGUGGCGGCCAUACAGAUGAGAGAGCACAUCGUGCGCGAGAAGAUCAUCAAGGUGGAGACCGCGAAGCUUCUUCGCGAGCGGGUUCAGAAGUGUUACUUGAUGGAGGGGGUGAACCACCAGCAAAACUGCAAA